AUGUUGAAGCUGCGAACGCUGAGAGUAAGGAAUGCUCUGAUACGGGAAUGCAUGGCUGAGUUUUUGGGAACUUUUAUUUUGAUGCUCUUUGGCUGCUCUGCAGCUGCACAGGUGAAAACCAGCCGAGAGGCUAAAGGCCAGUAUCUGUCCAUCAACAUGUCCUUCUCUGUGGGCGUGAUGUCAGCCAUGUACCUCACCAAAGGCAUAUCAGGGGCCCACCUGAACCCAGCAGUGACUCUGAGUUUCUGUGUCUUGGGGCAGGUUCAGUGGGUGCGGCUCGUGCCCUACUGCCUCUCCCAAAUCCUGGGGGCGUACGUGGCAUCAGCGCUGGUCUAUCUGGUCUACUAUGAUGCCAUCAUGGAGUUUAGUGGAGGAGUUUUGACUGUUUAUGGCCCAAAUGAGACAGCAUCCAUUUUCGCCACAUAUCCAUCAGAAUACCUCACGUUAGGCAGGAGUUUUCUAGAUCAGGUUGUGGGCACCGGCAUGCUGAUGUUGAGCAUCCUGUGUUUGGAUGAGAAGAGAAACACCCCGGCUCCUGCAGAGCUGAUUCCUGCCAUCGUUGCAGUGAUUGUCCUCGGUAUCUCCAUGUCGAUGUCUGCAAACUGCGGCGCUGCCAUCAAUCCUGCUCGGGACCUGGGCCCCCGCCUCUUUACACUCAGUGCAGGCUGGGGGCCUGAAGUCUUCACGUGUUACAAUUACUGGUUCUGGGUGCCGUUGGUGGCUCCUCCUAUUGGAGGUGUUUUGGGUUCUUUCAUGUAUUUGAUCUUCAUCCACUGGCAGCUGCCUGACCCAGAACCUCCUGAGAACCUCCCUGUGGUUCUCACCAUCAGCGACAAGAUCCAGAAGCCAAUCAGCAGCUGGGAGAACGGAGAGAAGCUAAAGUCUGCACAUUUUUAA